AUGGACCAGCAACGGUUCCUGCAGCAACUGCAGGUCGUCCUGAACCCCUCCCAGGGCAAUGUCAAGGAGGCCACCGGGAUCCUACAGCGGGAGUUCUAUAACCAGGCUCAGUCGCUCGUCUUCCUCAUUCAAAUUGCCACCGGCCAUGAAGACCCGGCUCUUCGUCAGCUCGCUGCCGUCGAGGGCCGCGGGCUGAUCUCCAAGCUCUGGUUGAAGGUCGCUGCCGACCAGAAGCCCCAGAUCCGCGAACAGCUGCUUCGGUCGACCAUGGGCGAGAGCGAGGCCCUGGUGCGGCACUCGGUGGCACGGAUCAUCUCGACCAUUGCCAAGAUCGAUCUGGAAGACGGCGAGUGGGUGGACCUGCCCAAUAUCCUGCUGCAGGCUGGUAACAGCGGCAACCAGGAUGAGCGGGCUGUCGCCAUUUACAUCCUUUUUACCAUUCUCGAGACUCUGGGAGAGGGCUUUGAGGAGAAGUUCCAGGAUCUGUUCAGCCUGUUUGCCAAGACCAUUCAGGAUCCGGAGAGCGCGGAAGUUCGGAUCAACACCCUCCUCGCUUUGAGCAAGCUUGCCAUGCACCUUGACUCGGAGGAGAACAUGGCUCCCGUCAAGGCUUUCCAAGACAUGCUCCCGUCCAUGGUUGCUGUCCUGAAGGACGCCAUUGACCAGAAUGAUGAUGACCGGAUCAUGCAGGCCUUCGAGGUUUUCCAGACCCUGCUCGGCUGUGACCCCCAGCUGAUGACUGUCUAUCUGAAGGACCUGGUCAUCUUCAUGAACGAUAUUGCUGCCAACACUGCGGCCGAUGAGGACACUCGUACCCAGGCCAUCAGCUUCCUCAUGCAGUGUGUGCAGUACCGCAAGCUCAAGAUCCAGGGUAUGCGGAUCGGCGAGCAGCUCACCCGCACCGCCCUGCACAUCGUCACGGAGCUUGACGAGUCCCCGUCUACCGAUGACGAGAUCAGUCCAGCGAGCUCGGCUCUGGGUAUGCUCGACAUCCUUGCCCAAAGCCUUCCUCCCAGUCAGGUGGUCGUUCCGCUCCUCCAGGCUCUCGGCCAGUACUUUAACAGCAACGACCCCAACUACCGUCGGGCCGGCAUCAUGGCCCUGGGCAUGUGCGUCGAGGGUGCUCCCGACUUCAUCAGCACUCAGAUGAAAGAGAUCUUUCCCAUGGUUCUCCAGCUGCUCGCCGACUCGGAACCCAAGGUCCGCCAGGCUUCGCUGCAUGCUGUCGCUCGUCUGGCCGAUGAUCUGGCCGAGGACCUCAGCGCCGAGCACGAGCGUCUCAUGCCCCUGCUGUUCAAGAACCUGGCCAGUGCCAUGCAGGAGUACAAGGGUGAGGAGGACGGCCCCACCAUGAACAUCAUGAAGGCCGGCAUCAGCGCCAUCGACGCUGUCGUGGACGGUCUGGACGAGAAGGACGUUGCGCCCUACCAGGCCGAGCUUGUUCCCAUUCUCCACAAGCUGUUCAAACACCCCGAUUUCAAGAUCAAGGGUCUCGCUGCCGGGGCCCUCGGCUCGCUUGCCUCCUCUGCUGGUGAUUCCUUCCUGUCGUUCUUUGACGAGUCCAUGCACCUGCUGCAGGAGUUCGCUACCGUUAAGGACAGCGAGGAGGAGCUUGAUCUCCGUGCCUGCGUCACCGACGCCAUGGGUGAGAUGGCCGCUGCUGCUGGUCCCGAGCGGUACCAGCCGUACGUGGAGCCUCUUAUGCGUGCCACCGAGGAGGCUCUUCACCUUGAUCACUCCCGUCUCAAGGAGAGCACCUACAUCUUCUGGGGUGCCAUGGCCAAGGUCUAUGCUGAGCACUUCUCGCCCUUCCUUGAAGGUGUGGUGAAGGGCCUGUUCGCUUGUAUCGAGCAGGACGAGGACGACCUUGAGGUUUCUCUCGGCGAAGCGGCCAAGGAUCUUGUUGGCCAGGAGGUGACCGUUGCCGGCCGCAAGGUCAAGGUUGCCAGUGCCGAUGACGAUGAUGAUAUUGAAGGCGAGAUCGAGGAUGUUGAUUUCGAUGAUGAUGAGGACAACUGGGACGACAUCACUGCCACCACCCCUAUGUCGCUGGAGAAGGAGAUCGCCGUCGAGGUUAUCGGUGAUCUUGUCACUCACACCCGCAGCUCUUACCUGCCCUACUUCGAGAAGACCAUUGAAACAGUGAUGCCUCUGGCUGAUCACCCUUACGAGGGUGUCCGCAAGAGCACUAUCAGCACCAUGCACCGCUCCUACGCUAUGCUGUUUGCCAUUGCUGAGGAGAGCGGCCAGAUGCCCAAGUGGCAGGCCGGUCUGCCCCUGCAAGUUCAGCCGGCUAAGGAAGUCAAAAAUUUCGGUGAUAUCCUGAUGACUGCUACCCUCAAGAUGUGGACCGAGGAAGAUGAUCGGGCUACCGUUGCCGACAUCAACCGCAACAUGGCCGAGAACCUGCGCUACUGCGGUCCUGCGCUCAUUGCUGACGAGACUGUGCUCCACAAUGUGAUCCAAAUGAUCACCGAUAUCAUCACCAAGAAGCACCCUUGCCAAAUGGAGUUCGCUCCCGAGGAGGAGACCCUUGAAGCUGGUGACGAGUCCUCCGAGUUUGACUGGGUGGUCGUGGACACCGCUUUGGACGUCGUCUCGGGCAUGGCUGCCGCUCUCGGCCCGAGCUUCGCCGAGCUCUGGAAGGUAUUUGAGAAGACCAUCCUCCGCUACGCUGGCAGCACCGAGUCCCUGGAGCGGGCUACUGCCGUGGGUGUGAUCGCCGAGUGCAUCAACGGCAUGGGCGGCGCGGUGACUCCCUUCACCUCCUCGUUCCUCAAGCUGCUGCUUCACCGCCUAGGCGAUGAAGACCCCCAGACCAAGUCGAACGCCGCGUACGCCGUCGGCCGCCUGAUCCAACACUCCAACGCGGAUGCCGAGAUUGUCAAGGAGUUCCCUACCAUCCUUGGCCGUCUGGAGUCCUGUCUGCAAAUGAAUGUCUCGCGUCUGCAGGAUAAUGCCACCGGUUGUGUCAGCCGCAUGAUCCUACGCCACCGUGACAACGUCCCGAUCAAGGACGUGCUGCCCGUUCUCGUGGACAUUCUGCCCUUGAAGAACGACUACGAGGAGAACGAGCCUCUGUAUCGCAUGAUCUGCCAGAUGUACAAAUGGGAGGAUGCCACCAUCCGCGAGCUCACCCCUCGCCUUCUGCCCGUCUUCCAGGCUGUCCUCACCGGCGAUGAGGACCAGCUCGAGGACGAGCGCCGCGCGGAGCUCAUCGAGCUGGUCAAGUGGCUGAACCAGGUGCAGGCCGGCGCCGCUCCCUGGGUGGAGCAGCUGUGA